AUGUCCACAACCAAUUUCGCCUUGGAUUUUGAUAAGAGCGAUAUGUAUAAGAAUCCCGAUAAGUUCAAUCUGAACACGCACCCUCUCGAUUUCCACGACAAUAUUGGAUCGUACUCUGCAGAACAAGACAAGUCUGCUACCACUACAAUGGAUACCACUCUUCCUUCGAUUUCAAUCCAACCAAUGGACAUCCUCCCCGAGAACAUAUCUCCAUCCCCGUCAAAAGAGGCAGUUGAUGCAGCAAAGGAAAUGGAGAAACCAGAAUUGGAACCUCUCGAGAACGAAAUUCCCUCGCUGCCAAAAGCGCCAAUCGAUUCAGCAAUGGAGAUAUGUGACGUGAAAAUCGAAGAACAUCCACACGAAAAAGAAUCUGCUGAGCCCCAACCCAAAGUAGAUGGGCAUGUGGGUGAAGAGCCAACAGCCCAACCCACGCAGAAGCAAUCACAGUCUCCACCUAACAAAUCCAUCGACUCCUUCCCGCCUAGCAACAUGUCAAAUCAAGAAGACAUUAUGGCCACAACUUAUCAGGAAUAUUUAGAUCAGGCUGCGAAGCCAUACUCGGAUAUCAUCUUCGAAAGCACUCUGCACCCUCAUGGCACCAUUGUGGCAGAUCAGACUUAUGAAAAUAUUCACCAACCUUGGGGUCAACCGUGGGAUCCGAACCCAACAACAGAUCCUGGUGUACGAUUAGAUGGUUAUGCAAAACUGAUUUUUGAUGAUAGCGAAUUCUACAUGACUACACAUCAAGUGAUCAUUGGUCGCGAUGUGGGUGCAUAUAAUAACAUGAGGAGAUACGAGAUAGAGCAAGCACAGAUUGAGCAGGCCUGGAAUACAUCCGAUUUCAGCGUUCGACCAACGGUCAAGAUAGAAAACCGUUCUGCUGGUAUCGUGGAUCCUUGGAUAACGUUGCAACCAGAAAACCGGCGAAGCCGCAAAGAAAGGAAGCGCAAGAACUCAGAGUCUGGCAAUCCUUUAUCACACAGUGGCUCUGUACAUAGUUCAAAUCCCGCUUCCUUCCUGCCCUUACAAUUCGGAAAUACGCCGAAGCAAAAUCUUGAUCCCGAUAGUUGCCCCGUCAUCUAUGUACACCCCCCUUUCGAUAAAGGUAUUGCAGGCUUUAAAGCUAUAUCCAGAGAACAUGUUAAAAUCUUCUAUGAUAACCACCAUGAUAAUUUCCAAGUAGAGUUUCUUGGCAGGAACGGAGGAUUCGUGGACGGUGUAUUCUACGAACACAAGCAGAUAGCAACGUUGAAGAGUGGUAGUAAAUUACAGAUGGGUUUUAUCUACGUCAGGUUCAUGUUACCAGAUGUCGUAAUCGAUGACGCAGGAUUCGAGUAUCCAGAAGGAGCCGAACUAUUCCAAGAUGGAGAGGGGCUACCAACGUACUUGGGACCAGUUUACUCGGAAGGGGGUAAGGAGAUGAGUCUUAGCUUUGAUGACCCACCACGAGCCGGCGACCAGAUGUCCACCGACAAUGAUGAAUGCUCUACAGAUGAUGGAAACCUAUUUGUUGGUGACGAAAAUAGCGAUAAUGAAGACCAAAGAGCGGAUUACGAUACAUCUCUACGAUCUGAAAGUCUCGAUAAUAUUGUCCCACAUGGAUCACAGAAUGACGAGGAACAAGGCACCCAGGAACCAGAAUCUCCGGCUAACAGUCCAACCGACACAAGCCCGAAACCCGCAAAGAAACGUGGACCAGGGCGACCACCUAAGAAUGGUUUCAUGUCUAAACGCGAACAACAAAUUGCCAAGAAAGAAGCAUUGGAGAGAGAGAGAAUUCAAGAGGAAGAACGGGCCCAGGAAGAGCAGAAAGUUCAAGUGCCAAAUCAAACAACAGCCUCAAAAACUGUACCUGGAAAGAACAAAGUUGGAAGACCAAGGAAGCAUCCCCGACCAGAUGUCUCGGAAGAAGGGCCGCCACGACAAAAACGCAAAUACACCAAGAGACAAUCGGGUCCCAAGGAACCUGAGGAUCGUGAUGAGGACAAAUUUGAUUUUGAUGGUAAUUGCAUACAGACCAAAAGUGGAAGCUCAAGGAAGGUCGCCUAUGUUUUGAAGGAAGUCACCCACAAAAAAGAGGACUGUACUGUAGAUCAACUUACAAAGCCACCAACGAAUUAUUUGCAGACUAUUUGGGAGCUACUACGCGAUGCAGAUCAACCUUUGUGUCUUCCACAGAUUUAUAACGAGAUGGAGGUCAAGUAUCCCUAUUAUGCGUUUCAAGAGUCAAAAGGAUGGCAGAGUAGCGUCCGGCACAAUUUAGGACAGCAUGAGUGUUUUGAGCGGACGAAGCGCGCUGGUAAAGGCUGGGCUUGGUGUAUAAGACCAGGGAUGACCUACCUAAAGGAGAAGAAGAAGAAAGCACCUUCACCUCCAGUUGCAGGUGUUAAUCAACCAAUAUAUCAAGCUGGCCAUUCAGUUCCGGGCUACGGUCCUAAUCAAAUGCAGCCCCCGGCUGGAUAUAUGUUGAAUCCUCAAUUAUAUCAUCACCAGAUGCACCCACAUCCACAGAAUGAGUACCCACAAUACCUGCAGGGUCAGCCUUACGUGGGUCCAAGUCAUCACUACACGCCUUAUCCUGCGCAGGGCUAUGCUCCACCUCACGCUAUUCAGCCACCUUUCAUUCCUCCAAUGGCACCCCAGUUGGCACCUACUGCACCGGUGUCUUAUAGUUCUCCAUAUGCUCCGAAACCGCCUGCUUCCACAACACAAUCUCAUGGUACUCAGCAACAGCAGCAGCUUCCACCGCAACAAGCUCAGCAGCAGCAGCAGCCUCAACAGCAAAAUCCGCAGCGGUCUCCCUACCAAGCACAAGGAGCAUCACAACCACCAAUUACGUCUCAACCAAUAACGCUACCACAGCAACAACAGCCACAAUCAUCAGCUGGCAACCAAAGUCAAACAGCCCCUCAGGCUGCACCUCAAGCUGCAUCAGUCCCCGUUCACCAGAAGAGAGUUAUCCCUCCUAACCUAGUUGCUGCGGUAACGGGGUACCGCAAUCACGUUGUCAACUUAAUGCGACAAAGAGCACCCCAAAAUGAUGCUGAAGCGCUUGUGGACAAGGCCAUAAAACGGGUUUAUGAUGGCACGGAGGAAGAUCGUUCUCUUGACAGUACUGAGCAUGAAAUGAAACUUAUCAACGGUGUACUUAACGUACUUAAAUUACCACUCGUUCCUCGUCAACCUUCUGCCAACGCGUCUAACCGUACCCAACAACAACAUUCUGCGCCUCAACAACCUUUCCAACCGUCGGUCAGUCAAAACAAACCACAAGUCAACACAUCUCAACAGCCUGGAAAAGCUUCUGGAUCAGACAUUCCAAAACAGACGACGAUCAUGCGCCCAUCAUUUUAUGGAAACAACCAAAAUCAACCUGGUGGCCCUUCUGUGCCCAGACCACCAUUGAUGACACCAGCUUUACCACGAAACAAUUCUGUGUCUGCCCAAAAUGGACCUGCCAGACCAAAUACAGCCUCAUCUUCUCCUGCAUCGACAAAUCCUUCAAACCCACCACCACAGGCUUCUACAUCUACCAACAAUAAGUCUGGUGGUGCCACGUCACCUGUUGUAAACACUGUCAAUCAAACUAUCGCGCAGGCUGUUGAUCAGAAUGUGCCGAACCACGGACUCAAAGUAGGUGAAACUUUGACGGAGGCGGGUUUUGUACGAAGUUUCCCUCAGCCUCAAAUUUCCACUUGA